AUCCCUUAACUCUGUCAACUUCAUGCAGAUUCAGCGUUCAAAUAAAAUAUUGGAGUGUGGAGUUAUCCGAGUAGGAACAAGUGAAGCAUAUCUUUAUGUGAACAUCUGACAGUCAGAUAUGCAAGAGGAAAAUAUUAUUGUUUCGAUUGUCUUAGUUAGGUAGUUAGUUAGUUAGGUUUGCACAUAUGUGAUGACCUGAUGUGUUGUGACGUUAGUGGUCUUUACUAUAUUGAAACAUUUUACUUACCUCUGUGUGACAGUCAUUUCAAUUUUCACCCUCCCCCAUACACCUAGUUUAGUUAUCAUGAAAUACUGUUAAACGUUAAUUGUGACAAGUAUAAUAAUUAUCUGCAGAUAGAGGAGUAGUGCAUAGUGCAUUGAUACUGUAAUCGGUUUGUCAUCAUCAUCAUCAUCAUCAUCAUCAUCAUCAGGAUCAGGAUCAGGCUAAGUGAGACGCUAUCACCAUCAUCAACAAAUAUUGUUAAACGUAAAUUGUGACAAGUAUAAUCUACACAUAAUAGAAGUGCAUAUAUAUUCAUAAUGAUAUUUCGUUAUUUAUUUACACAAGAUUUAAAAUCAAGACCAUAUUAUCAGGCGAACUUUUUGGAACGUCUUGGUUUAACAGAUACACUCAGAUCAACUCUAUGUGACUGGAUGAUAAAAGUUCAACAUUAUUCACAUCUACGUACAGAAUCUCUUCAUCUAGCUGUUAAUCUAGUCGACCAGUAUACAUGGAGACAGAAUAGUCUGCUGGCAACUGAAUAUCAACUAAUUGGAAUUACAGCAAUAUUUAUUGCAGCUAAAUUUGUUGAACGGUUUCCACCGUCAACAAAAGCAUUGUGUUAUCUAACUGAGGGUACAUACAAGGCUAAACAGCUGUUACAGUGUGAAAUUCAAAUGUUACAGGCAUUGAACUUCGAAAUAAAUAUACCUUUACCGCAUCAUUUUUUGGAUAGAGGAAUUCUAGCGUGUAGUGAUUUAACAUUGGAUGGAAAAACCAAGGUUGAAUUGAUAUGUCGUUAUCUAUUUGAAUUAAUUCUAACUGAAUCCUCGACAGUCGGCAUAUCAGCUUUUGUAAAGUGUGCUGCUGGUCUUUACCUAUCUCGUGAACUUUUACGCUUGAAAUGCGAACGUGAUGUAAGCAGAGGGCAUGAAAAUCCACUUAAUGCGAAUGGCAACAACAUUUUACUUGAUCCAUCAAAGAAAUUGGAAACAUGGCCAGAAUCUAUUGGACAAAUUAUGGGACAAGAAAGUUUAGUCAAACUGUUGCCAAUGGUACUUAUUUAUAUUCAAAAAGUAAUCAAAUAUCUACCCAAUUCAGAUAUAGAAGAAGCAGAAUAUGUGGGUGCUUUUCAAAAAUACAGUAACCGAAAUUACGGUAAAAUUGCUCUUUCUGAUAUAAUACUGGAAGCUGAUUAUGAUCUGAUUGUACGUGAUAUUGAUGAAAAGUUGGCAAUCGAUUCUGAUCCUUUAUAGACUCCUAGUACUACUACCUGCCUGCCUGCCUGCCUGCCUACAUAUUAUGAAUACGAACACAGAUAAACUACUGAAUACGUCUCAAAUGCUGUUCAUUAUUUUUGUAUGACUGAAUGAAAGCAUUUUUUAUUUGAUAAGUCAGUGUUUUGUUCGCCCCUUUUUGUAUAGUAUUUAUUUGCAUCAAAGCGCACACAUUCACAUACAUGAUUGAAAAUGGGUACUUAUUUUCUUUUUCAGUAGUAUAAUUUUAUUGGAAUAAAUUUUUUCAUUAUUGGUGUUUUUAAAUGUAUGAAUGACUUGAAAGUGUCAACUGUAUAGAAUGAAAUCACUGUGUGUUCGAGUGUGCGCUUGUUUGUGGUUCUAUUUGUGUUCAGCUGUGAUUUUUUGCUACUGAUGUGGAGAUUCUGAUUCAUUUGCUCAAAUGCUAUCUUAAAUUGUGUUCAUUUACACUUCUGUAAUGGCAGCAUAUUAUAUAUACAAUUAUAUAUACGAAUCUUUAUUUCA